UUAUGGCCCACUAUUUCCAAAUUGUCUUCUUGCUCCCUACUCAGGGAAGUAAUCAGUGGCUUGACGUAAUGGACUUCACACUUGUUCUAGUGUACUACAUGUCUAAAAACAAAAUGGUCGGGCACUCUAAAAAUAUUGGAUUCCUUUAUAGUUCACGACAUUGCGAAAGCUACAGUAUAGUACUGUCAAAAGCUAAUUUACAAGCUACAGCGUAUUAGCUAGCUUGAGAAUGCUAAUGGCCAAUUAAUGUAAUAGCUAAUUAGCAUAAGUUAAACUGCUUAUGGUUAAAAAAAACCUACAUAGCUAUUGGUUCGCUAAUUUAAUAAACAAGCAAGCUAAUUUAACAUGUGGCGAACACUGGUGUUGGUUAGCGUUUGUCAACUGAAAUGAGCAUUAACUAGCUAGCAUGCUUGAUAACUGACUAGCUAAUGCCAAAUAGCUAGCUAAUUCACUGGAUUGCUAGGUUUUUUUGUUUUUUCAAAAGUGUAACCUUAACAUUCUGUGCUUAUAAUUUUAAAUCUUUGUCACUGACGUUCUAUCUUGUUGGGCUACAUGUACUACACUUAAUGCAGUAAAAACAUAAAAUGAAUAAAACAAACAUGAAGCCUGAAAGUAGAAAGUGCAACAGGGAGCCUUUCAUACUGUAUACAUUACAUAUGUUUAGUUUAUUGCUGUUUUACACCUUUCUGACCCUAUCAGGAUGCAGAAAAUGACUGGGUGCUGUUAGCUGUAGCUCACAAAUUGACCACCUGUGUUGAAUUCAUUAGCUAGCUAAUUGACUGUGUGUGGAUAAUUAACUGCCUAGCUUUUUCACCUCAGUGUAAAUCUUGUGGGACGACCGCAGACGAGUGGCCUACACAUACACCAUGGACGCGAUGGCCAGCAACGUAACCAAUAAGACGGACCCUCGUUCGUUGAACUCGCGCGUCUUCAUUGGGAACCUGAACACCAUGCUGGUGACCAAAGCUGACGUGGAGGCCAUCUUCAGCAAGUACGGCAUGAUCGUGGGCUGCUCCAUCCACAAAGGUUAUGCUUUUGUCCAGUACGCGAACGAGAGGAACGCUCGAGCCGCCGUCGCUGGAGAGGAUGGACGCAUGAUUGUCGGACAAGUCCUGGACAUCAACUUGGCAGGUGAGCCCAAACCUCACCGAUCGAAAACCACCAAACGUCAAGCAGGAGAUAUGUACAGCAGCUCCACUUUUGAACUCGACUACGAUUUCCAGAGAGAUUACUACGACAGGAUGUACGCGUACCCGUCCCGCGUGCCCCCUCCUCCUCCACCCCUCUCUCGGGCCGUCAUUCCCUCCAAGCGAGCGCGGGUCAGCCUGAGCGGAGGAGGAAGCCGACGCACCAAAUCCAGCUUCUCCUCUUCCUCCAAAAGCAGCCAGCGCUCUUCAUCACGGGCCAUUAAAGCAGAUGAUAUUCAGACCAUAAAGAGGGAACUGGCUCAGAUCAAACACAAAGUAGAUUAUCUUCUGGAAAGUUUAGAGCGUAUGGAGAAAGAUCACAGCAAGAAAUCAGAAGGGAAAGUGGUGAAGGCGGCGGUGGGUGACGUCUCUCAGCAGCACUCGAGCAGUAAGAAGGAGCGUGACAGAGAAGAGCAGGAGCUCAACGACUCUGAAGAAGAAGGAGAUCUGUUGGAGGAAGAGGAGGAGGCGAAGAGUAUCGGAGGAGAGAAUGAGGAAGAGGACGGAGAAGAGGAGGAGGAGGGCGAGCAUGAGGAAGGCGAGGAUGACGGCGACAGCGUGAACGGCGACGACCCAUAGACUGUUUGUUUUCUCUUGAACACUCUGUCUCUCUCUCACGCACACACGCACAACACCUCAGCAUCCAGUGUGAAGAAACAUUAAAGUCUGGACGACUUCUUAAAUAAAUAAAUAAAUAAAUAAAUAAGAAGAGGGAGAGAGAUAAGGAAAACAAAGAAUGUAGGUGAACACACACUUGUGAAGCAAUUUUUAAAGUUUAUUGUCUCUCCAAAUAAAGUGUUUCGUUACUGUUACACUUUUAAAAUUCUGACAUUUUAAACGCUUCAUUUAUCUCUCCCCCAAUCUGUCAUUUUUCUCAUUGUUUAUUUGUUGUCCCCCCACUCAGCAGGCGUGUGUGUGUGUGAGACAUUUCUUACACCCCCCCCCCUUCAAACAGCUCCUGUGUGUAACUGUUUCUCUCUCUCUCUCUCUCUCUCUCUCUCUCUCUCUGUCUCUCUCUCUCUGUCUCUCUCUGAAAAGAAAAAAAAAACUCAGUGUUUUUGUUUGGUUGGGUUCUUUACCUUCAUGUAUGUUCAUCUCUACAUGUCCCCCUUUUUUUAUAUAUAUAUAUAUAUCAGUCUUGUUCAAGAUAAAUCACUGUAUGAAUUUCAAUAAAAUGGUCAAAAUAU